GAAAAGCACAAGGCAAAGUGCUCUCUCUCUACGUCUUUCUCUGUUUCUCUCUCUCUCUCGCUUCUCCUUUUUUGCCUUAUUCUAUUGGAUUUUUUGCCCUAAGCUUCUACCUGGGAUUUUUCCUCUGGAAAAGUCUCUGAGGUUUUUUCAAAAUAUGGAACUUGAUUUUGGACACUUUGACGAACGAGAUAAAACAUCUAGGAACAUGAGAGGCUCACGAAUGAAUGGGUUGCCCAGUCCAACUCACAGCGCCCACUGUAGCUUCUAUAGAACCAGAACCUUGCAGGCAUUGAGCAAUGAGAAAAAAGCCAAGAAGGUACGUUUCUACCGCAAUGGGGACCGCUACUUCAAAGGGAUUGUGUAUGCUGUGUCUUCUGACCGUUUUCGCAGCUUCGAUGCUUUAUUGGCGGACCUCACGAGAUCUCUGUCUGACAACAUCAAUCUGCCUCAGGGAGUGCGUUAUAUAUACACCAUUGAUGGAUCCAGGAAAAUUGGAAGUAUGGAAGAACUAGAAGAAGGGGAAAGCUAUGUCUGUUCAUCAGACAACUUCUUUAAGAAGGUUGAGUACACCAAGAACGUCAACCCCAACUGGUCUGUCAAUGUGAAAACAUCUGCCAACAUGAAAGCUCCCCAGUCCCUGGCUAGUAGCAACAGUGCCCAGGCGAGAGAGAACAAAGACUUUGUCCGCCCCAAGCUUGUGACCAUCAUCCGCAGUGGGGUGAAGCCUCGGAAGGCUGUCCGUGUGCUUCUGAACAAGAAGACCGCCCACUCUUUUGAGCAAGUGCUCACUGAUAUCACCGAAGCCAUAAAGCUAGAGACUGGGGUCGUCAAAAAACUCUAUACUCUGGAUGGAAAACAGGUAACCUGUCUUCACGAUUUCUUUGGUGAUGAUGAUGUUUUUAUUGCCUGUGGUCCUGAAAAAUUUCGCUAUGCUCAGGAUGAUUUCUCCCUGGAUGAAAAUGAAUGCCGAGUCAUGAAGGGAAAUCCGUCAGCCACAGCUGGCCCAAAGGCAUCUCCAACACCUCAGAAGAGUUCAGCCAAGAGCCCUGGCCCUAUGCGCCGAAGUAAGUCUCCAGCUGAUUCAGGUAACGACCAAGACGCAAACGGAACCUCCAGCAGCCAGCUCUCUACCCCCAAGUCUAAGCAGUCUCCCAUCUCUACGCCUACCAGUCCUGGCAGCCUCCGGAAGCACAAGGACCUGUACCUGCCCCUGUCCUUGGAUGACUCUGACUCGCUUGGUGAUUCCAUGUGAAGGAGGACAGAGUGUGUAGAAUCCAGAGUACAAAUCCAAUCCUACCACUAAAGUAGGAUACUUCACUCUGAAGUGUCCAACAGGGCUAUUGGUGCUUUCAAUUUUUCGUUUGUUGUUGUUGUUAUUUUUCAAAAACACACUGUAGUAUGUUGGGUUUAUUUUCCUGUGAUUUCUCCUCUGGGCCACUGAUCCACAGUUACCAAUUAUGAGAGAUAGAUUGAUAACCGUCCUUUGGGGUAACUUUCCAGGGAUGCCAAAUGUGCUAGUCCAUGACCUUUCUACUGAAUAUUUAGGCGCCUUCAUUAUUUUUCCUGUCUCACUCAUACACUAUAGCAGUCUUCCUUCUGUAGAGGGCUGUUUAUAUAGCACUUAAAAUGUUUGUGUGGGGAAAAAAUCUUAUUGGCGCAUCCAAGAGUGACAAACACAAGUGCCCCUUGUCUCCGGAUCUUAAGAAUGCUGGAGGCUCCCAGGAGGAUGGCAAGGCGGCUUCCCAGCCUUGCCCUUUACUCCUGAUUGAGCCCCAAUUUGUUGUCUAGCACCAAUCCUGUCUGUCAAGGGGUAGAAACACCAGCAACUAAUAACUAUGGCACCAGAUGCUUAGGACUGUGGGGCAGGACUAGCUAAAAGAGAUGAAGCAGAAUUGGGAAAUACUGCAGAUGUUUCAGUAGAUGUUAAAAAGCACAGUCAAUUCCUGGUCAACUUCUCCACUGGGGCAAUUUGGAAUCAAUAAGUAAUUGAUAAGACUUUGGAAUAAAGGAUGUUAUAUAUUUGAUUCAUCUAGAAAGCUGUCCAACAUACCAAGUUAUUACAAUGAACUGUAUGGUAUCCAUCUAUCUCUGUUCUAUUGAAUGCCUUGUAAACAGCCAACACUGAAAACACUGUGAGAAUUUGUUUUCAGGUCUGACAACUUUCGGUCACUUUUUAUAGCAAGAAACCAAUAUCCUUUUUAUAAAAACUCAUGUCUGUAUUUCAGGAGCAAACUCUUCAGGCUCCUUUUUUAUAAACUGGUGAUUUUUCUUUUGUCUAAAAAACACAUGUAGAAAAUUUACCAAAAAAAUGCAGAAGAAUAAUGUAGUUUAGAAAUCAUGCUGUCACUGCCAAACAGUAACCUCCAGGAGAAUAUGAAAUGAAUAGCAGAGGCCAAUUCAAUAGAAUCAGUCUUUUGAUAGCUUUUUAACAGUUAUGCUUACAUUAAUAAUUUCAAUGUGGACCAGACAUUCUAAUUAUAUUUUAAAUGAAAUGUUAUGGCAUAUUUUAAGCAACUCUUUUUUAUCUAUAAUCCUAAUAUUUCAUACUGAAGAUACAGAAACCUUUCACUUUAACACUAGAAAGGAUUUCUCUUUAUUAAGGACUGAUCAUUUAAAAUAAUUCUCAGUCUUUGAGGUACAGGUUCAUAACACUGCUUUUUGUCUGUAAUCAUAGCCCAUAAUGGCAAAGACAACUAAAUUUAGGUGAAAGCCAUGCAUGCUAAUUCUGUGUUUGCCUUGAGCAGAUAUGAAGAUUUCCUUUAUUGCUUUGUAAUUGUUCAGAUAUUUUGAAAGGUGCAUCAUUCAAAGCCAAGCUUUUGUUUGGCUACUGAGUGACAUGCAGUUGUCCCUCCCACGAAUGGAAUGAGCUUGCUGUGUGUGUCUGUGUGUAUGUGUAUGUGUGUGUGUGUGUGUGUGCGUGUGUGUGCACGCACACACGUGCAUAGACAUGCAUAUGCUCCUUUGCAGCUGAUUCACAAUUAGGAAAUAUACUAUAAGACAACCCAACAUGGAUUGAUGGCAACUUGGUGGCAUUGCUGAUGUGCAGGGAGAAACACCAGAUGGAAGGGGUAGCUAGAGGUCCCUAGACAAUUUCAGAAGUCCUUAAUUACCAGAAACAGUUUUGAUUCAGGAAAAGUGAGAUGAUGGUAAUAUGGGUUUCUGCUUCUUCUGAUCAUUCAAUGAACAACCCCCAAAUUAUGAGGAUCUCCUUUUGAUCUCUCCUGCAUUUGUAGAUCCAUUCAAAACAUUUGAGAAACUCAUUUCACCUAGCCCCUAAUUCUUUCUAGAAGCUCACAGUUUUCAUAUUGCCUCCUAAAAUAGUUAAAAAUUAAUUAGAAAAAAAAUGGUACUUUGGAAUGGGAGUUGGGGAUAGAGAAUGAUGGGGGGUCUAUUUUUAAACUUUACACCAGGUCUUUCAAAAGACUCCAUCCACUGUCUUUCUUAAAAUUUCAUUUAGUCCCAUACCUUCAUUUUAAGAUAAAGAAUUAGAGAGGCAGCUUAAUGACUGCUGGGAGAGUAGGACCAGAGGAAGAAACCAGAUUUCCUCAUGCUCUACGCAAGCUGAGAAUUUCCUUGCAUGUGGCUUAUGUACCACUAGAAAAUACUAAAUGGACAUAUUGUAUUUAUAAUAAUCUUGGAAUCAGCAGUCUUCUGUAACAAUAGUACAGUUUCCAUCUUUCUUUUAAUUAAUUAUAAGGAAGUGUUUCUGUAUUGCCACUUUGAGGGGCUUGGCGUAGUUCAAAAUUCAAGCCUCCAAUAAUUGCAUUUUAAAUUAGCCCAUUUUUCAAAGCAAAAAAAAAAGUGUCACUGAGCUCAUUUACCCCUUUUAUUUUUUACCACUCUAGUCCCAUUGUGUUGACUGCUUCAUGGUCAGCAAACAUCAAGUCAGCAAGCAUUUGCCACCACUCCCCAUAACUUCUCUCUUACACACUCACACACACACAUGUGCACACACACAAUCCAUCUGUUGCUUGUUCCUACCUCCUAAUUUUUCUUCCCUACAUACAUAGAAAUAGGGACAAAGAAGGGGAAAUGUAUAUAUAGGGGCUGGGCUGAACAACUAACUUCAUAAGUAGUGUUAACUAGAGGUAAAUUGAGAGAAAAUCUCCUUUUCUCUUCACUGUUUUGGAAAGGAUAGCCAUUAGCAUGACUGCUUUGUGUCCUUAUGGACUUUAGUAUUAGCCUAGAUUGAAUCAUAGAGUUUUCUAGCUGGAAGGAACCUUAAGAUCACAUCACCCACUCCCAAAUUCCUCAUUUUUUUCAGGCCAGGAAAUGGAGAAACAGAGGUAAAGUAAUUUCCCUGAGGUCACACAGCUGGCUAGGGGCAGGGCUGGGAUUAGAACCCGCAUCUCUUGGCUCUUAUUCCAGGGCCUUUUCCCACUAACCAGUAUUGCCUUCCAUUAGGCUCCUGAGAAUUCUUUCCCAGGGUCAUGUUGCAUCUUGGAGCCAUAUGCUGCUGCCCUGAUCUCAGUGGGAAAUCCACCCAGCAACUUAAUAUGGCCCUUUCUCCCCACAUUCACAUGGUUCCCAUUCACAUGGGCUGCAGAUGUCCCCAAAGAGAGGGAGGCAUUUAAGACCAAUAGGAACACAGUCUAUCUAACUCAGGGUAUGCCCCAUCUUGAGGCGCCUUUGGAAUAGUCCUCUGAGCUACUUACUCUGUCAAAAUGGAAUAGAAGAAAACUAGUUUUCCCUAUCUGCUCCACACAUGUCACCACAUACUGAUUUGUCCUCCCAGGCAAAGGACUAAAGGUUUCUUGUUUCAAGAGCAGGGAAAGGAAGAAAGGAAGAGUGAAGUAAUAGCUUUGUUCAUCCUGAUUUUCUGAGAUGGCUUUUCAGCAUUUUAAAAACUAGUGCAGCUACCAUUGCUACUGGUAAUGAUUGCUUUUAAAAUAGCAAUGAUUUCUUUCCACUAGACCAGCUAGAGAAAAUAACCUAGUCUUUCUGUGGUUGUCCUCGUACACAAUGUCCCCAUAGCCAUCCUCCCCUGAUGGGGAGAGUUUCCAGGUUUAAGCAAGGGGCAUUGUGACUAAAAUGUUCCCUGGUUGAUGUUAAACAUUGGUUCCUUGUGUUUGCACCAAAAUAGCAAGCAGUGUGCUCUAUGCACCAUACUCAUCUUCUUGUGUACACUGCUCCUGUGGCCUUCCAUGGCAGAAACCAGGGAAACAAGGUCUGAACAUGCAGCAAGGCUCUUCCUGGGAACUAACGGGUAUUCAUUAAUUGAGUUCUAAGAGACCUCCUACUAGGCUUACCCCAUUCCUCGGGUACUUCCUUCUUCUUCCUUUGCUCCUCCUCAAUCAGAAGUAGCCAAGGAAUCUUAAUGUAGAUAUGUAGCUAUCUUCUUAGAUCCUUCUUAGAAUCACCUAGCCCAGGUCACAGACAAGGAAUUCAGUGCUUGCCUUGGACAGAAUUAUAUCUCCAACCCUAAUCUCUUCAAUACUCGGGGUAGAGAUGCACCUACUCCCUCUCAAAUUUUAUUCUAAAUGUAUUUUCUUUAAAAAAAAAUCACACAUCUCCCUGGGAUUGGAGAAAGAACAUACCCAUGUCCUCAGAAUGAACUUCAGCAUAAUACACACCAGUGGGAAUUUUUCAAAAUACAGUGCACGUCAGAAACAUCUAUGUCAAGAGACUUCCCUAGACAGAAGCAUUGGAACAGUGUGGUUUGAAUGACUUCCUUCACAGUUGUCUAUUUGUUAUGGAAAUAAAAGGCACUGGGUAUUAUUUUUUGAAGGUGACUGAAACUUGGUUUUGGCUACAUGGAGCCAUAGGAUUCAUGGCCAGGCCUCAAGCAUGUUUUGUCUUUGAUGCAUUAAGACACUUGGCUUUUAGACUCAGAUUGGUUUCCUGAAUAACCCAUCAGCACUUUGAGGAGUGGGGAAGGAACAGGAGUUCUAUGUUAUGAGACCUGGAACCCAGAGAAGGAAGAAGCUGAGCACUGGCCCAGCCUUUGAUAGUAUGUCAGGAGUGAUAUGGGAUCUUUUUUUCUAGCAAUUGAGCCUUGCAAAUCUCCUGAGUCUCUUUUCUAGGAUGGAGUUUAGAAACUGUCGUAUUUCUGCCUCUGCCCUAAGAGGACUUCAUAUAAAGCUCCAUCCACUGUUCUGUGAGUCCAUGCAGGUUUUCCUCUUCCUUGCAGAUAUGACCACCUGGAGCAAGGAUAGUUCAUUGAUUUUCAUGCCUACCUUUUGGCCAGAGAGGCAUCUCUGUCAGAUUUUCUGGCUGUUGGUGGCCGAGAGUCAGUCUAGUGCUAUUAUCAUUCAGUAGAUUGCCAUUAGUUAGCCCUUAAAACCUAUGAUUACAUAUAAGACAAUAGGGGUCAUUUUUAAAAAAUGAAUUCCCAAUUUUAUUCUUCUGGCUAGCAGAUCUCACUUCUUUGGUAUGUAAAAGACAGGUAGUUCUUGUUACACAGCAGCAAAGACACAAGUGUGGAGAGGCAAACAAAUUUCUAUAAUCACAGAGCAAUGAUUUCAGAGGGCAACCUACUAUGGGCUGAGACUAUUAGCAAAUUCUCCUAGCCCCUUCCAUUUUCUCUCAUCACAGUCUAGAAGUCUCACUCUAUCUUUCAGUAUGCCUGACCCUCUUAUCCCUUCAGGAAAAUGGGUGUUUCUUCUCUAUCUCCUCUACUCUGCUUCCCAGAGCUUGCUUCCAUUCCCAAAGCUCUGCUGUGGUCUUCACACCCAGCCUCUUGAUGUUGCUUUCUGCUUGUUUUCUUGUUAAGGAUCCAUGCAGCCCUCAACAUUAGCCAAGCUUGUUGGCAUAGGCUACCAUUUGUGAUGACUGACUUUUUAUCCCUUAGUUUAUUGGCUUCAACAUCUUCAGGAAUUAGAGGUGAAUUUUUCUUAUCUUGGAUGUCUGGGGCUAGGGGAGUAUAGGAUGCCCAUUUGGAAUUAAGGCCUCUUCCUUCUCCUGAUCACAGAAGGGUGGGUUAGUUGAGGGAGAUCAGAUGACAUAAUAGAAGUCAGAAUAAACACCUUGUAAACUAAGACAAAGACUUGAAGGCAUAGGAAUUUCUCAUUUCUGGGAAAUAACCUGAAGAAAUCAAUGGCUUUUUGCCACUUUACCUCCCCCAUGUAUCAUUUUUUUUUCUUUUCUAUUUCCCUAUAUUUGUUCUCAGUUUAUGCUCUGUUAUCACUCUCUUUUUACUGUGCAAUUCUUUGAUCACUUUUCGGUUUUUCCUCCUCCCUGUCUAGGCACUGAGCAUAUGCUUUUUCUUAGCCUGUGAGUUUUGCCUUGGAAUUGAUGCAAAAUUAUUUCCAGACUCAACCAGCCCUAGUCUUACUCCAGUAUAGUCAGAAGCAUGUUGGUGGAAAUUAACCUGACCCUGGCCCUUUGUCUUUUCCAUUUUCGGUCUCAGCAGACCUCAAUCAUUUUUCUUAGAGCUCAUUUAUCUUUAGGUUGUUGCCUUCCAAGCACUGUACAGAAUACUUUGUGGUUCCUUUGUAGUCUGCCAUUUUUGUGGAGCAGUGAAGUGUGCUCAGAGAAAUACUCAGCUGAACAGAAAAAUCCACCCAUGGGUUCAUAUCAGCUAAAUACUAUUAGUUGAUUUUGUUUAAUGUGCUCAUAGUUGAAAAAGCUGCAAUAUAAUGAGAGACCACAGGUUAUUGAUCCUGCCAUUU